AUGAUUGGGGCUGUGCAUCGAGACGACGUCUUUCUUGACAUUGGUGCUGGCCUGGGGAAUGCUGCGGCGCAAAACGACUGGAGGCUGCUAUUACUCCACAAAUUGUUUUUGAGCCAAGGAGACGCUCUUGAUACGCCACUUUCGUCGCGUUUACCAUUUCAGCGUGCAUCAAUAUUUUUUCUAAACGAUUUCCUGUUUGAUGAAUUAGCAAAGCUGGUCGUACAAGAGCAACUGUAUAUGAUGCCGAGAGUACGUUUGAUCGUUUCUAUGUCUCGCUAUUGUCCUCGCCAUCGCGAUUCCUGCCGAAGAAGAUUUUGCUCCAAGUGGAGGCUCGCGAAAAUCACGUAUGGACGGGGUAGCUGA